AUGGUCGAGGAUGGCCUUGCAUCCCAUCCCUUGAUCUGCAAUGCCCAUGUCGACGAUACAGCGAUCUAUCUCCAACGCCUUAGUUCGCUCCCCUGGAUCCUUCGACAUCUCCAAGACUACGGGGAUAUGUCGGGCCUCCACAUCCAACUCCAGAAAUCUUUUGGCAUAUGCCUGAACACGUUCCACACGCCCAAGGUGGUUCAUGGCAUACCCUUUGUCUCCGGCCCCGAUCGGCGCCGUUACCUCGGCAUACAAGUGGGCCUCGGCUCGUUGUCGGACGCAAAUUGGUCCUUAUGCUAUCAAUCCAUUGAAGAACGCCUUCGAUUGGCGAAUAUCAAACCUCUCCAUCAACCCGCUUGGGCCAUCAUCCUCCGCGCAAUCGUACACCCCAAAAUUGCCUUUCUGGCCACGUACCUCCAACCAUCCGACCAUUGGAUCUCCCGACUGGAGGCUCUCAUUUUCCGGUUCUGGUGGCGCGGCUCCACAGUAGCACUACCGGGUAAACUCCCCACCUACAUCGCCAAAUACCACCUUUCCAAACCUACGCGUCAAUAUGGAUGGGGCCUACCGGAUGUCCGGCGCAUUGCUCAGCAACAGGCGCUUCGGCGGUUUGUACGCCUAGUUCACUCCCCGGACGGGUGGGCCCAUGCCAUAGCGCUGAGCGGCCUCCAGCUCCCUAGUGGAUCUCCAUACAUCCUCCACCCAACAGCACGCCGUACCCCCCUGCGACCUCUGGAGGACUCUCUUCUCUGCGGCCAGGUCCUUGCCAGCAGGGCACUUGCACAAGCCUGGCCCCGUACACGAAUGGCCCGCGACUCCACCAUGGCUUUCCUCCAGGCAGCGCGCCUGGCCGCCACGUUCACUUGGGACAAAACGGGCACUUGUCAUUGCCACAUGCCCAUGGAACUCAAACAGUCCGCGACUAGUCUCCAAACGGCCCUGCUCAGCUCAACCACAUCCGAAUGGCGACGGCAUUUAUGGCAUGGGCAACUCCAUGACAAUACGUGGAUUAGAGACCACCAAGAUCACGCCCUCCGCCGCUCUCACUUCGACACAUUUGCCGCGGCCUUCUCAGAAACCGGGCUGGGCGACAUGUGGACCUUCACACCCCAGCACAGCCCCCUGCCUAUACACCAAGCUCACCUUCAAUAUCUGUACCUGCUCACCUUAAGCAUGGGUCUCACGUGCCAGCCCACCAUGCCUCCACCCCUCCGUCGUAUGUGGUUCCCCAUUGCCCCAGCCCCGGUGACCCUACGACGCCAACCCCCGGUGGUUAAGCGCAUCAGCUCAGCAAUGAAUAUUACUCUCAACCCAACCCCGCCUUCCGACACUAAAUACCUGCGGCGGCAGAUCCGACUGUGCUGCGCAGCAGACCUUGAUCAUGCCCCCGAGCUCUGGGACAGAGGAUGGACGGACUCUCAGCUACCCGGAGCGCUCCAGUGGUUUAUGUACCGCUGGCACCACCAGGCCUUCCCCUUCCGAACGUCCCCUCUCCCACCAAUGUGUCCAUUUUGUAAGGCCCCAGACGGGCCGGCACAUACCUUUUGGCUCUGCCCGCGCGCGCAAACUCACUGGCGUCAGGUCCUGGCCCUCUGGUUCGGAGUUACUCCCGACCAGCACACUUCCAGCUACGCCGCUUCUAUCCUGCAAGGCGAGCAGCUUCCACCGGCACCAUGGCUCUUAGCCUCGCCCAAUUGGACCACACAUGGCAUCGCCCAAGAUCGUUUAGGCCAUCAAGCCUGGCGUCUCGUCCGUGGCCUCUCCCUACGUCAGCUAUGGAACGACCGAUGCGCAGCCCUCCAUGCCAAUAAUGACCACAUCUCUCCGCCAGGGACAUUCCCUCUCUUACUCCAGGCCCACUUCGCGGCACUCACGAGCUACCACACGCGCCGACGACAUCGGCUCCGCGCAGAACUCUACCAUGCCCUGGGCUCUCAGUGCCGUCUCCUCAACUCCCCACCCAUCCCUCCACCGCGCGGACAGACCCCAGUGCGCAUGGACGCUGUGGUGUUCUUUGACGGAGCGGCCCGUCUGGACCCGGCGUGUGGGGGGUCCGGCGCCCUGGUUAUGCCGCGCGAAUACCCCCUUCUUUGCGACUACGAUGCACAUUUCAUCCCUACAGCCACAACGAACAACCAAGCUGAGUAUGAUGGCCUACUACGAAGCCUUCAGCUAGCCCAGUCCCGCGGUUACACCCACCUUACGGUAUACGGGGAUAGUCAACUGCUCAUGCGUCAAAUGCAGGGUAUCUACCGUGUGAGUCAUCCCGGGCUCCGCGCCCAAUACCUCCAGGCCCGCCGCCUAGUAGCUACAAUCCACUGUACAUGGCGACACCGACCUCGGGAGGGCAAUCAAGCAGCGGACUUCUUGUCCAAAUUGGCGCCGGAUGAUUGCGCUUCGUACACCUCCUUGGAUGGGCCGGAGUCCGUUCCUCUACCAUCACGGCAGCUCGCCCCACUCUAUGAUUUCCUGGACAUGGAUCUCGCCUUCAACCCUGGGUAGCCCCAUACCAUUUUCCCCAGUAGUGUAGCUUUGUCUGUAUAAGCUUACAAGUAAUCCAUCAACCUUAAAAGAAAAGAAAAC